AUUCAAUGCGUCUCGAGUUUUUAUUUUUGGUCGGCGACGAUAACGGCCUUAUAUCUGGGGCUGCAACAAAAAUCCAACUACCAAAAUGUUCUAUGCGCCCAAUGGUACCGGGUACAGUAAAACCGGGGAAAAGGUUCGGCCAUCAUGCCGAACCUCGGCAUCGGAUUGUUCCUCCAUUGGCGACCUUGCUGGCUAAGGUUUUGGAGAAUCGUCGCGAUGCCCACUUCCAAAAAGACAUCUUAACUAUGUCAGAAGAAGCACAUCAUUUAGUAGAGCUUGCUCUAGGCACUGUGGAAGCACUCAUGGCUCCGAAGAAACAGCCAAAAGUUAUCUUGUUCGACAUCGGAGGCGUCUGUGUCGUUUCUCCGUUCCAGGAAAUCUUAAACUAUGAAUUAAGGAACGGCAUCCCCCCAGGAUGGGUAAACCACUCGCUCUCAAAGACCGCUCCUAACGGAGCAUGGCACAAGCUGGAACGUGGAGAAAUCAAAUGCGAUGAGGACUUCUUCGCAGGCUUCAACCAUGACUUACGUGACCCCCUCCGCUGGAAGUCCUUCUACACGCAGGCCAUGCAGAAGCAAGGCGUCACAGUCACCGCCAUCCCGCCAUUGCCUCAGGUCGAUGGAGAGUGGAUGUUCUGGGAGAUGAUGCGCAUCUCCAGGGCACCGGACCCAUGGAUGUGGCCAGCAUUGCAGAAGCUCAAGGCCAGCGGCAAAUACAUCAUUGCUGCCCUGAGCAACACCAUGAUCUUCCCUGAGGGGCACGAGUUUAACGACGCGAAUGAGGUCCGUGACAUCUUUGAUAUAUUUAUCUCCUCUGCACACGUCGGACUGCGCAAGCCGGACCCAGCUAUCUAUAAUAUGGCACUUAGUGUCGUCAACGAGUAUGCCCAGAAGAACGCCUCAACGCAGGGCAAGAUCAAGGCAGAAGACAUUGUGUUUUUGGAUGACAUUGGAGAGAACCUCAAGGCGGCGAAGAAGGUCGGGUUUGGGACCAUCAAGGUGCAGCUGGGGCAGGCGUAUGAUGCUGUUGCUGAGCUGGAGAAGUUGACUGGACUUGACCUGGCAGGAGACCACCCGAAGGUAUCGAGUGCACCGAAGAUGUCAAAGGCAAAGUUGUAGAUAAAAUACCCAUUUAUAAACAAUCCAGAACACUUACCUA